GAAACCCAACUCACUCUCUCUCCCGCCAUCCCAAACUCUCUCACCAAAAAAAAAAAAAGAACUUCUUGAUAUAUUUUUUUAACGGAAUGGAGCUACCGGUGAUCGAUCUGAAAGAAUAUCUGGCGUUUCUAAACGGAGAUCCGUCGACGGAGAAACCCGGACCCGAAGUUAUCGGGCUAUGCAAGGAAGUGAGUCGGGUAUUGAGAGAAACCGGGGCGCUGUUGGUGAAGGAUCCGCGAUGUACGGUGGAAGAUAACGAUCGGUUCAUAGAUAUGAUGGAGAAGUACUUCGAGAGACCCGUGGACUUCAAGCGCCAACAGGAGCGUCCCGCUUUGCAUUACCAGGUUGGGGCAACACCUGAGGGAGUAGAAGUUCCAAGAAGCCUUGUUGAUGGAGAGAUGCAAGAGAAGUUAAAAGCAAUGCCGAAAGAGUUCCAACCAGCCACUCCUGAAGGACCAGAUCGCAAGUGGCGAUACAUGUGGAGAGUGGGUCCUCGUCCUUCAAAAACCCGAUUUCAGGAACUCAACGCAGAGCCCGUCAUACCUGAAGGUUUUUCUGAUUGGAAAGAUACCAUGGAUUCAUGGGGAUAUAAAAUGAUAGCAGCAAUAGAAGUUGUAGCUGAAAUGGCAGCAAUUGGGUUUGGCUUGCCAAAGGAUGCAUUCACUUCUCUUAUGAAGCAGGGACCACAUCUUCUUGCUCCUACAGGGAGCGACCUCCGGCGUUAUGGCCAGGAAAGUACUGUUUUUGCAGGAUAUCACUAUGACCUUAAUUUUCUAACCAUUCAUGGAAGAAGUAGAUUCCCCGGUCUCAACAUUUGGCUCAGAAAUGGGCAAAAAGUUGAGGUGAAGGUUCCUGUAGGGUGUCUUCUCAUUCAAACAGGAAAACAGAUAGAAUGGUUGACUGCUGGAGACUGCAUAGCUGGAAUGCAUGAAGUAGUUGUCACUGACAGGACGAUCGAAGCAAUCAAUCGAGCAACAGAACAAAAUCGCAGCCUAUGGAGAGUAUCUUCAACGUUGUUUUCCCAUAUAGCAUCAGAUGCUGUGUUGAAGCCCUUGGGUCACUUUGCUGAAUCACCACUCGCCAGCAAAUAUCCGUCUAUGUGUGCAGGGGAGUUUGUUGAACAGGAGCUUUCAGUUAUCAAUCUGAAAGGGAACAAAGGAGAGCCUUGACAACCGGUAGCAAUUAGUUUCCAAACUGCAUCUUAAGGCUUUCUGGAUUGAUGAGUUUCAAAAAAGAAGGCUGACAUUCUGACAAAAUGUAAUUUCAUUGUUCUAUGGACAGAAAUCAUAUUGUUUCAUUGUUGUAUGGCUAGAAAAACAGAUUUGAUGGCACAUUAGAGCUGUUAAUUUCAAUAA